AUGAGUCCGAUUGCUGUCCAGAAUGGAGGCCCUCUUCAUGUAGAGGACAACAUCGUGCCUGUUAAAAAGGCCGAGGAGGUUAUCCCGGAAAAAGAACAGAAAACAAGCGAUGUCAAUGGUACGUCACACGCUUCCAAUGGAACCAAUGGCUCCUCCCAGAAAACAUCCAAUGGAGCUCAUGUUCAAGACGACGUCCCUAUUGCCAUUGUGGGCAUGGGGAUGAGGCUUCCGGGAGGUAUUGGCACUGAGGAAGACCUUUGGGAUACCUUGAUCAACAAGAAGGAUCAGAGGAAACGUGUUCCAGCAGACCGAUGGAACGUCGAUGCGUUCUAUAGCAAGUCAAACAAACGUGGAUCAGUCAAGACCGAAUAUGGAUACUUCCUGGACGACAAUGAUCUUCGUCAAUUCGAUACAUCCUUCUUCUCAAUUACUCGAAACGAGCUCGAGAAGCUGGACCCUCAGCAUCGCCUCCUCCUGGAAGUUACCAGAGAGUGUCUGGAGAAUGCUGGUGAGCUCGACUGGCGUGGCAAAGACAUUGGUUGCUAUAUUGGAGUGUUUGGAGAAGACUGGCUCGAUCUGCAUGCGAAGGACACACAAGAUUUUGGCGUUUACAGGAUCACGGGUGCUGGGGAUUUCGUGUUGGCCAAUCGUGUCUCCUACGAGUAUGAUUUCAAAGGCCCCAGCAUUACCGUCAAGACCGCCUGCUCAUCAGCGCUUAUAUGCUUGAACAUGGCCUGUGAAGCCAUAAGAUCGGGCGAGAUCACGUCUGCAAUUGUCGGCGGAGCAAACCUGCUCAUGUCACCAACCAUGACUAUUGCCAUGAGUGAGCAGGGAGUGUUAUCAGCGGAUGGAUCUUGCAAAACAUUCGAUGCUACUGCUGAUGGAUACGCAAGAGCCGAAGCUAUCAAUGCCUUGUACGUGAAGCGGCUUGAUGAGGCUAUCCGCGAUGGCAACCCAAUUCGAGCUAUUGUUCGCUCGACAGGGACCAAUUGCGAUGGGAAAACUCCAGGUCUUUCUCAUCCUAGUCCAGAAAGCCAUGAGGCCCUCAUCCGCCGAACUUACGAAUCGGCUGGAAUCCACGAUUUUUGCCAGACUGCUUUUGUGGAAUGCCACGGAACUGGAACAGCUACAGGCGAUCCUCUAGAGACGACUGCAAUUGGAAAUGUCUUCGGAGAAAAGGGAGUGUACAUCACAUCGGCUAAACCGAACAUGGGGCACUCUGAGGGUGCAUCAGGCAUUACAUCCUGCAUCAAAGCUGUUCUCGCCCUCGAGAAGAAGACUAUUCCGCCAAACAUUAAAUUCAACAACCCGAAUCCCCAAAGUAUCCCAUUCAAACAAGCGAAGCUUCAAGUCCCUACUGAUGCAACUCCAUGGCCGGUAGAUCGGCACGAAAGAGUAAGCAUUAAUGCUUUCGGGAUUGGAGGGGCAAACGCCCAUGAUUUGGCGUAUACCAUGGGCAUACGUCGUGAGCGUCUCCCGUACCGAUCUUUCGCCGUUGGUGAUGGUGUUGCACCUCUGGAAUUUUCUGCACCCAGCAGAACGCCGUCCACAACCCCUGCAGUUACCUUUGUCUUUACCGGCCAAGGAGCUCAGUGGGCAACUAUGGGUGUAAAGCUCCUGAUCGACUUCCCAUCUGUUCGUAAGGACUUUCAAUACUUGGAUGGCGUUCUUUCAAAGCUACCAUAUCCGCCACACUGGACUAUAGCCCGUGAACUUCUGAAAUCAAAGACGGAAAGCAGGCUCGAUCAAGCCGAGUUUUCUCAGCCGCUCUGCACAGCAGUGCAGAUAGCAAUUGUUAACCUUCUACGAACAUGGAACAUCUCUCCGUCACAAGUCAUCGGUCACUCUAGCGGAGAGCUUGCGGCAGCCUAUGCCAGUGGUGCAAUCACAUCAGGAGAAGCCAUCAUUGCGGCCUACUUCCGUGGACUUGUUACGAAGCAGCAAGGUCGUAUUGGUGCUAUGGCCGCCGUAGGAAUCAGUCGAGAGGGUGUGGCCGGCUUCCUAACGGAUGGUGUAACGAUCGCAUGUGAGAACAGCCCAGAGAGCACAACAAUUUCUGGAGACGGCAAUCAAAUCGACAUUGUGAUCCAAAAGAUCAAGGCGAGCCAUCCGGACAUCUUCGCUCGCCGGCUUCGGGUCGAUAUGGCCUACCAUUCCCACCACAUGACAGAGGUUGCAGAACAAUACCAAAAGCUGCUUGAGCCACAUGUCUCCAGUUCUCGUCCAGAGGUUCCGUUCUUCUCAACUGUGCUGAACAAAGUAAUCAGCGAGAAGGGUGCCUUGAAUGCAUCGUACUGGCGCAAGAAUCUAGAAUCCCCGGUACUUUUUGCAACCACCAUGGAAAAACUGCUAAAGCAAGAGACUUCUAGCAACCUGUUCCUCGAGAUUGGGCCACACUCUGCUCUAGCCGGGCCACUGCGACAGAUUUUCAAGAAGCACCAACCUGACGCGCUCUACGUUCCAACGAUGGUUAGGGGCCAGGAUGACACAACGAGCCUACUCACUGUCGCAGGAAAUCUAUUCGUGAAGGGACUCCCCGUCGACCUCAAUUCCGUCAAUCCUGGUGGAUCUAUACUCACAAAUCUCCCGACAUAUCCGUGGCAUCACGAUGAAAGUUUCUGGGACGAAGGUCGACUUUCCCGAGAAUGGAGGACGCGCAAGUUCCCCCGACAUGACCUCCUUGGUUGCCAAGUUUUCGAAGGCAGCACACUGGAACCUACUUGGAGAAACAUGCUUUGUCUGGAAGAUGCCUCGUGGAUUCGUGACCAUGUAAUCAACCAGGACAUUGUUUUCCCUGGAGCAGCGUAUAUUGCCAUGGCCGGAGAGGCUAUCCGACAGGUCACAGGGACGGAAGACUUUACCAUUCGGAACAUGUCAGUCAAGGCAGCUAUGAUCCUGCACGAGCAAACAACAACAGAGAUCCUAUUCUCUCUUCGCCCCCAUCGCUUGACCACAAGCUUAGACUCUGCUUGGUAUGAGUUUGUCGUUUCCUCUCACAACGGCACCUCCUGGACGAAGCACUGUACUGGUCAAGUAAGAGCAGGAAAGUCAGACUCAGAAUUGAUUUCAGAACCUCCGAAAGUUACCGACCUCCCGCGAAAGGUGUCAAGUACACGCUGGUAUCAGACAAUGUCGAAAGUGGGUAUCAACUACGGGCCAAAAUUCCAAGGCAUGGAAGAUAUAUCCACGCACCCUGUCGAAAACUUCGCGGUAGCAAAGGUUACAAACACCGUCAAUCCGAAUGAUUCAGUGUACCAGCUUCACCCGACAACGACAGACUUCGCCAUACAACUUUUCAGCGUGGCGGCAUGGAAGGGCCAGUCUCGCGAUUUCGUACAAAUGCCUCUACCCGCGUACUUUGGAGAGAUCUACAUGAAGCGCCCAAAGACAGAUCUGAAACUACAGCUAUCCUCAAGUGUCACUGUCACGGCUAGAGGGGCCGUCCAUGGAAAUGGUUUUGCUACCGUUGGCAAUGAGGUCGUGUUGGAACUUCGAAACCUUCACCUCGCACCGGCUGCUGACGAUGCCGCUGGUGUGGAUGCAGAUCCACAUGCGGGUGUACGCCUCCAGUGGAAACCUGACAUCGCUUUCUUGGAUUCGAAAGACCUGUUGCGAACAAGGAAGAGCAUCAAAUACUGCUAUCCUGCGGUACAGAAGCUUUUGCUGUUGUGCAGUAUCGAGUGUACGCGGCGCUUGGCAGACUUGCCUCCUUCCGCAUUGCCACAUCUGGAAAAGUUCAAGAAGUGGCUUUCUACUCAUGUGCAACAAGCCAAGGCCCAUGGCUAUGAAGCGGUAGAUGAUGCGAGUUCACUUUUCACUCUUUCUUCAACUGAGAGGCUCUCACUGAUCGAAGCAACGGCUAAAGAGGUUGAGGCUUCAGACGCGGCGGCUGUUGGCAAUGCUAUACUUUGCAUCUUCGAAAAUUCCGAAGCCAUCUUCAAGGGCGAAGCAGAAGCUUUAGAUUUGCUGAUGGAGGGUGAAAAACUGAGGAAGAUAUAUGAUUUAGUAGUGGAGUUCUGGGACUUCAACGACUUCCUCGGUCUUCUGAGCCACAACAAACCAAACCUUCGAAUACUCGAGAUUGGAGCUGGAACCGGGGCAACAACGGCCCUAAUCCUCGAUGGCCUCGUUUCUGCUUUCGGAGAGCGGAUGUUCUAUUCUUAUACGUACACUGAUAUUUCCGCUGGCUUUUUCGUUAAAGCCAAGGAGAGGUUCAGGAAUGUUCAAGGCAUGGAGUACUCCGUUCUCGACAUUGGCCAAGAUCCAGCCGAGCAAGGCUAUGAGCUUGGAUCUUACGACCUCAUCAUUGCAACAAAUGUUCUCCACGCCACGCCAAGUCUUGGGGAAACAUUGGUCAAUGUUCGGAAGCUGCUUCAACCGAAAGGGAAGCUGCUGUUGCAGGAACUAUGCUCAGAUGCCAAAUGGUUCAACUUCAUUGUGGGUGUGCUUCCCGGCUGGUGGCUAGGUGAACCCGAUGGCAGGCCUGAGGAGCCAUACGUCAGUCCUCAGAGGUGGGACAAGGAACUGGCACAAGCAGGCUUUGCCGGUGCGGAGGCAGUCAUCUAUGACGAGGAGAUGCCAUACCACACAAACGCAACUAUCAUUGCUUCGCCUCUCGUCGAGCCGAAAGUCAACAGGAAGGUUUCAGUAUUAACGACGGAUCCAAACUGCCCUGCCGCGACCCGGCUCGUCAACAGCCUUACUAAGCAUGGCUUCAUGGUCGAUUUCAGUUCAUUGUCAGAUACUCCCAAGGCCGACCAGGAUAUCAUUUCAGUGCUGGACCUCGAAGGAAAAGCUUUCCUCACGGAUGUGUCUGAACAGCAGUUUCGUUCGUUGCAAGGCUAUCUCACGAGCUUGACUUCAUCAGGCAUGCUAUGGCUGACAAGGCCGGCUCAAGUCGAGUCCUCGGAUCCUCAAUAUGCACAAAUACUAGGACUUGCGCGCUCAGUCCGAAACGAACUCUCGAUAGAUCUCGCGACAUUGGAAAUCGACGAUAUACAGGACGAGUCUACCUUUGACAGGAUCCUUGAUGUCCUCGGUAAAUUUCAAAACCGCUCCAAGGACCAGGAGAUUGACCCGGAUUUCGAAUACGCCAUCGUAAAAGGCGUGAUUAACAUUCCCCGCUUCCAUUGGAUCUCAGUCUCGAACGAACUUUCUGCAGGCACUGACGCCGAAGCUCCAAAAACUUUGGAGAUUGGGAAGCGUGGCUUACUGAAGACACUCCGGUGGGUUCAGAGACCAGAGAUCAAAUUAACUGGGGAUGAGGUAUCUGUAAAGGUGAAAGCUGCUGGUAUGAACUUCAAGGAUAUCCUCAUAUCUAUGGGAGUCGUAGAUGGUAAUGUCGACGACGGCAAUGGACUUGGCUGCGAAUGCGCUGGCAUCGUCACCGGAGUAGGCCCUGAUGCUUCCUUCAAAGUGGGAGAUCGAGUCGCGAUCAUCGGCGGCGACUCGUAUUCUACAGUUCUCAAGACAAGCUCAGCGCUAUGCGCUAAGAUUCCCGACAACUUGAGCUUCGAGGAUGCGGCUACAAUGCCCUGUGUGUACACUACCGUGAUCCACAGUCUCCUCGAUCUGGCCAGGAUUGAGAAAGACCAGACUGUUCUGAUCCAAUCUGCCUGCGGAGGUAUCGGCAUUGCAGCCAUACACAUCUGUAGCAUGGUCGGCGCAAAGAUAUUCGCUACCGUCGGAACUGAUGAGAAGGUCGAGUAUUUGAUGCGUACCUUCAGUAUUCCCCGCAACCACAUCUUCAACUCCCGGAACUCGUCUUUCCUGCCAGAUGUCAUGCGGGAGACCAACGGCACGGGAGUAGACGUCGUUCUCAACUCUCUUUCUGGAGACCUCCUCCAUGCCUCUUGGAAGUGUGUUGCUGAGUUUGGUAAGAUGGUUGAGAUUGGAAAGCGAGAUUUCAUCGGGCAGGGCCAACUAGCCAUGGAGGCCUUCGAAGCAAACAGGACAUUCUACGGUGUCGAUUUCGCACCGAUCGCAGAGAAGCGCCCAUUCGUGAUUAAGAGGUUGAUGGAAAGAACCAUGGAGUAUUUCCGCCAAGGCGCCAUUCAACCCAUCAGACCCAUCAAGUUCUUCGACGCCGCUCAGAUCGAGGACGCCCUUCGGUACAUGCAGAAAGGCCAGCACAUGGGGAAGCUUGUCAUAAAGUUCCCCACGGACAAUUCUCAAUUGUCCGCUUCACGCGGGAAUAACCGGUUGUCCCUUCGACCAGAUGUUUCGUACCUGCUGGUCGGUGGUCUAGGAGGGCUAGGCCGUUCGAUAUCCACAUGGAUGGCCGAACAUGGCGCAAGACAUUUCAUCUAUCUGUCGCGAAGUGGAGGCAAAGGAGCGGAUCAUGCUGCUUUUGUCGAAGAGAUGAAUGCAGCAGGAUGCACAGUCCAGAUCACAGCCGGCAGCGUCGCCAACCUGGCCGAUGUUCAGAGCGUGAUCAGACAGGCAGAGUAUCCAAUUUCUGGUGUCUUACAAAUGUCUAUGGUGUUGAGGGACGCAUCAUUCCCAAACAUGACAUACGAGGAGUGGCAGGACGCCAAUUUGCCAAAGAUACAAGGGACAUGGAAUCUACACGAAGCGUUUGCUUCGCAAUCACUCGAAUUCUUCGUGCUGUUUAGCUCCUUCUCGGGUCUUCUCGGACAUUGGGGACAAGCCAAUUACGCAGCCGCGAACACGUUCUUGGAUGCAUUCGCUCAAUACCGCCACGGCAAAGGUCUCCCGGCAUCCGUUCUUGAUAUUUCCAUCAUUGAAGAUGUCGGCUGGGUGAGUCAGGAGCCCGCUCAUCUGGAACAGCUGAAGGCAACGGCCGCAUAUUGUCUAAAAGAGCAAGACCUCCUCGAUUCCUUGGAACUGGCCAUUGCCAAGUCCGCGCCAAAGGCACGGGCGACCGAGUCUUCCAUGGACGGAUACAUCAACGACAGCCAAAUCGGACUCGGGUUGAGGAUGACAAUGCCCAUCGCCGCAGAUGCUAACCGCUGCAUCUGGAAACGCGACAUUCGAAUGGGCCUAUACCGAAACCUCGAGACCACAAGCGCUGGGGACCUAGGCAACAGUAAUGAGGGCCUCAGGGAAUUCCUGGUUACAGUAAACAGCAACCCCGGAACGCUGAACGAGCCAUCUUCCGUCUUGUUCCUAGCACAGGAGAUCGGUGCUACAUUGUUCAGCUUCCUCAUGCGACCUAUCGAGGAGCUGGAUCUCAAGCAGCCACUGUCGGCCGUCGGCAUUGAUUCGCUUGUGGCUAUCGAGCUGAGGAACUGGAGCAGGCAGAGGCUUGGUGUGGAAAUCAGCGUGCUGGAGAUCCUCGGUGCUGCAUCAAUUGAGAAACUGGGGCAAGCGGCCGCGGAGGGAUUGCUGGUGAGAUUGGGUGGUGCCACGGCAAAGGGAGAUGCGCAGUGA